CUUCCGCACGCCUCCCCCCUCUCUAGCCUCGGCUUUAUUCCUAUCCUCCGUCUACCUGUAGUUUUCCCUCGCCGAGCCCUUCCUUCGUCGCGUCACGCGUGCAUGCAGGUGAGUCCGUCUUUCAUCUCGGCUUGCCAUGCAGUCAGCUCAGUGCCGUGACUCCCCCGUCUUCUUCCCCGUGCUCAUAACCCAUUGCAAUGCGUACAGACUUGGUCCCUUCGUCGGAAGACUGCCAUCUGAUGGUUUUGGAGACGCCUCUCCUACGUGUCAGCCGGCCUGUCGCCGCAUGCUCGCGAUGCCGCUCGGCCAAGGUCAAGUGCGACGGCAAGCUCCCCGCUUGCACCGCUUGCGAGCGAGCCAAUCGCGCCGCUGAAUGCUCAAGCACUAAUGACCAGUUCGCAAGAGGCAAGGAGCGCAGCUAUGUCGCAACCCUCGAGGCCAGGGUGGAGAAGCUCGAGAAGAGACUUGCCGAAAUCAAAGCCAGACGACAGUCGUCAAUGGCCAUGGACCACGAGCCGCAGGACCAUCCUCCGUCUCGGCCCUCUCUGGCCGAAAACCAAAAGCCUUCUGACAAGAAGAGCGCUCGGCGAAAAGAGGAAUCCGAUAUCAAUGACCUCGUAUCAGACUUCGGGCUGCUUUCCGUGAAUGCUACGGCGAGAGAUUUCUACGGCUUCACGUCGGCCAUGUCAUAUGCUCGUCUCAUCCUCUCUGCUUCUUCAAAAGAACCUUUGCCGUCCGGAAUGACUAAACAGCUGCCACCGAGAUACGCUGCAACACCGCUCAUUCAACACUACCUCAACAGCAUCUUCGUACUUCUUCCAUUGCUCGACGAAUCGAGCUUUUACGCUUCCGUCGAUGCAGUUUAUCAUCCUGACCAGCGCAAAGCGUCCCCUUUUGACUCCUGGACCUUGCGCAUGGUUUUGGCCAUUGCAUCAAUCACUUUAUCUGAGCAACGCGGGGACGUCCAUUACACUGAUGCGUUAGGGCAUAUCAACGCGGCCAUGGAGCACGCAGAAAGCGUCCUUCGACCCGGGUCCAUUGCCAGCAUUCAAGCUUUGUUAUUGCUCGUUCAAUACGCCAUGCUGGACCCGCACCAUUUCGACAGCUGGACGUUGAUUGGCGCUGCUUCGCGGGCAAUGGUAGAUCUUGGCAUGCAUGUGAAUCCUUCAAGAGGAGCGUCGAUGUCUAAACCCAAGCUGGAGCUUCGACGUCGGGUAUACCAUUGUCUUUAUGCCCUAGACAGAGAAACUUCGCUAGUACAGACACGGGCGUUCUCAUUUUCUGAUGAUUCUGCUAACGUCGCGUUACCUUUCUCGGCAAACAGCGCAUCCGCGUCGAAAUCACCAGCUAGAAAUCACAAAUGGCUACAGUCGUAUGAUUCAGCUUUGGAUCUCUUUCGACUUCGCCAGCUUCAGUCCGAAUGGUAUACUAACCUUUUUCAAUCGGGACGAGAGCCCUGGCGGGAACCGUAUCCGAGCAUAUGGCGCAUUUACAACUCCAUGGCAUCUUGGUUCAACAACCUCUCUCCGAAUACUUCACCAGCAACUCGGAACUACUUCGAGCUUGAACUCUUGUAUAGCUACGUUUAUGUCUUAUCGCCGAGUCCACGAUGUCCAAGGAUAAGCGAUCAUGCCCAAAGGCUCAUUUUUGAGCAUUGCGUCCGCUACGCUUCGAAGAUGCUUAAUGCUUUGUCAGAAGAGUCGCAAAGCAUCAAGGCAACGAUCACAUUCUACGAUGCUAUGAGGGUCUACAUGACAGGCCGUCAAUUUGUCGAUGUUCUGUCGCGGAAUCAAGAUUUUUUGCUGACACAGCACCCGGUUUUAUCACCAGCAGCCUCUGUGUCAACUAUCGAGGAAGCCAUAGAUCCGCUAGCACAAGGUACUGAGACUGCUCCGCCGCCAUUUCCGGAAUCCAUGUAUGGUGUAGAAACAACAUUCAGCCCCACACAGCAGACCAUAAGGGCGAUCUCCACGAUCACAAACUUUACUAGCAUCUUAGCCCGCUUCGGCCUUCGCUUCGGUUACAUCAACUGGCGAGACCGCUUUCAACAGGAAUCUGCAGCUUUGCUGGCACAGCUUCAGUUCCGGUCGCAGCAAAGGACCCCAGACCAAGGCCAUCGCAUGUGGCAUUCGAAUGGCACGCCAGAUGGUAGCGAUUCUCUUGCGGGAGCAUCUCCUGGGAGUUAUUUUGAGACGUCGACAGUUUCUCACCAAAGCCCACAGGCGUUUGGAUACAUGGAUGGAGCGAGCUAUACGCAACAGAGCCCCGGGUGGAGCGGGUCAGGUGGUGCAUCGAAUCGUCGCAUUUAUACGAUAGGACAGGUGGCCGUGCCGGGUAGCUUGCCUGCGAGCACGGCGGCACCUAUGGCAGGAGACAUGGGCUCGGAAGCUGCGUGGGAAACGCUACCUGGAGGAUGUCUGAAUGCGAGGUUCUCGUAGGCUUGUGUUUUCUUUCGUCCUUACGGCCUUCGGUUGUGGUUUUUGGAGUAUGCGCGUAGCGGUACCUACCUAUCAAAAUACCCAUUUGGAGUUGAUGACAUG